ACGGCCAUUUUGGUUUCGGGCGGCCGAAUAAGGGAGGCGGAGUAUGCAGCGUGGAGGCGGGCCAGCCGCACGGAAGUGACGUAAGGCGCCGCCAUGUCUUUUGAGGGCGGCGACGGCGCCGGGCCGGCCAUGCUGGCUACGGGCACGGCGUGGAUGGCGUCGGGGCGCCCCGAGGAGCUGUGGGAGGCAGUGGUGGGGGCUGCUGAGCGCUUCCGGGCCCGGACAGGCACGGAGCUGGUGCUGCUGACUGCCGCGCCGCCCCCACCGCCCCGCCCGGGCCCCUGUGCCUAUGCAGCCCACGGGCGUGGGGCUCUGGCCGAGGCCGCCCGCCGCUGCCUCCACGACAUCGCCCUGGCCCACAGGGCCGCCGCUGCUGCCCGGCCCCCCGUACCCCCGCCAGCACCACAGCCACCCAGUCCUGCGCGGAGCCCACCUCGGCCUACCCUGGCCAGGGAGGACGAUGACGAAGAUGAGGACGAGCCGACAGAGACUGAGACCUCUGGGGAGCGGCUGGGUGUCAGCGACAACGGAGGGCUCUUUGUGAUGGACGAGGAUGCCACACUCCAGGACCUGCCCCCCUUCUGUGAGUCGGACCCCGAGAGCACAGACGAUGGCAGCCUGAGUGAGGAGACCCCUGCUGGCCCCCCAGCCUACUCAGUGCCGCCGGCCUCAGCCUUGCCCACACAGCAGUAUGCCAAGUCCCUGCCUGUGUCCGUGCCCGUCUGGGCCUUCAAGGAGAAGAGGACAGAAGCACGGUCAUCAGAUGAGGAGAACGGGCCGCCCUCUUCGCCGGACCUGGACCGCAUCGCGGCGAGCAUGCGCGCGCUGGUGCUCCGGGAGGCCGAGGACACCCAGGUCUUCGGGGACCUGCCGCGACCGCGGCUCAACACCAGCGACUUCCAGAAGCUGAAGCGGAAAUACUGAGGCUCGGGGAGCGCGCUUCCCGGCCCACCGUCCGCCCCGCCCCACACUACACCCCUGCCCCGCCCCCGGGGCCGGCCAAUCCGAGUCCGACCCGGGACCGGCCUCUCAGGUCCCCGGGGCUCCGGGAUUGCCCCCUCCCUCCCAAUCCUGCUGUCCUUCCCUCCACGAUCCUCUCACGCGCCGAGGAGUGGGACCUAUCUAGUUUCCCUAUUGCGUCUGUUGCCGCUUGCUUUGCCCGGCGACAGAUUCGUUCGAUUAAGGGAUUGGGUCGCUCCCAGAUCGGGGCGUGGCUAGUUUAAAGCCCUCGCAGGGGUUACCCGUCUUUUUUUUGCCUAGCAACAAGGGCUUUGCCCGCGCGGCAUUGGUUGAAAGAGAACAGUCAAGCCCCAGGAUUGGGUAGUGGCAAGCCUGUUCGGCCUAGAGAAUGGGAAACUCCUUCAUUUGAUUGGCUUGAACCCAAAGGGCUUAACCAAUAUCCUGGGAGUAGCCAUUCCCCCGUUCCUGGGUUUUCCCCGCCUGAUUGGCUCUAGACUCCUGAGGGCGUGGCCAAACCUUCCUCCUGUGCCCAGGAUUGGCCUGCGGCCUUAAAUUUACGUUCUUUACACUACUGGGACUGGGGUCGUUUCUGACCGAGUCCUGACUACGUUCCCCUCUGUCCCCUUCCAGGGAUGGCCCAAUCCUGUCCCUGCAUCUGACACCCUCUCAUUGGUUCCAUCCCAUAACAGCCUGCCAAUCGUAGUUCGUCCUUGCAUCCAGGACGGCACCAGCUCCCGCCCCUCUCCCCCCACCCCCACAGGUGCCUUAAAGGGCCCUCGUCCACCCAAGGUUGGGGGCAGGGGCCCUCGCUCUCCGGCCCUUGUGUGGGGGGAGAGAGUCGUGGGUGGGGAUCGGGAGUUGGGAGGGAUGGUCUGAGAUUAAAGAGUUUUACCUCUGACAAA